AUGACUCUGAAAGCCAACCGCGCCCUCCCCCUUCUCGAGGCCGCUGUGGCCGGCAAAUAUGCCAUUCCAGGCAUAUGCUGCUACAAUCUUGAAGGCAUCCUCGCCACAGUUGGCGCCGCAGAAGCCAAGCGCUCGCCUGCCAUGAUCCUCCUCUUUCCCUGGGCCCUGCACUACGCCGACGCUCUCCUCGUGCAUGCCGCCGCCAGCGCCGCCCGCAGCGCCUCCGUCCCCAUCACUGUGCACAUGGACCAUGCCCAGACGCCAGAGAUAAUCAAAAAGGCAGCGGAUAUAACGCCGCCCACAUUUGAUAGCAUCAUGAUUGACAUGAGCCAUUAUGAGAAGACAGAGAAUCUGGCGCUGACCCGCGAGCUGGUGGGCUAUUGUAAUGAGCGGGGGAUCGCCACGGAGGCGGAGCCGGGACGCAUUGAGGGCGGCGAGGAUGGCGUCGCUGACACGGUGGAUCUGGAAGGGAUGCUAACGACGCCCGAGGAGAGUGGGGAGUUUGUCAAGACGGGGAUUGACUGGCUUGCACCCGCUUUUGGGAAUGUGCAUGGCUGCUAUGGGCCCAGGGGGGUUCUGUUGGAGUACGAGAGGCUUCAGAGCAUUAAUGAGGCUGUUGGGGAUAAGGUGAAGCUGGUGCUGCAUGGGGCAGACCCCUUUACGAAGGAGAUUUUUGAUAAGUGCAUUGCAUGUGGGGUGUCAAAGGUGAAUAUCAAUAAGGUCAUGAACAAUGAGUAUAUGCGUGUGCAGGAGGAGAUGGCUGGCAAGGUGCCUAUUACUGUCUUGCAUGAGGAGGCGACAAAGGCGAUGCAGAAGGCGGUGGAGCGGGUUAUGGAUUUGCUGGGUUCGACGGGAAAAGCGUAG